UUGAGAUUCGUACAAUUCUAGGAGUUGGUGGAAUAUCGCAGCGAGGAGGGAGGUGCUGAAAACCUCCACCCUGCAUGGUGUGCAACUUCUAUCACUGGUGGGAAAACAAACUGACCUUAGAAUCCUUUUACUUCACUCACACCUGUUUUUUUAAAAAAACGCUUCACACUGCAGAACAUUGGGGUGCAGAACAUUCUUCAAAGAAUGCGAAACAAAGAAUCAACAAAGCAAAGACGACACUCGGACUGAAUCAAUGGUAUUGCAGAAGUUGACGUCCCUGCUCGGUUUGGACCUACACCACUGAGGUCUGGAUUGAAAGGAUCCCUGGCUGCGGCGGAGCUUAUGGAGGCUGUGAGCCAGCCGCCGCCUCGUUCACAGGCCUGACACCCGAGCUCUCUUCUCCUGGGGAGGGGGGGGGACGGAAAGCAGGAAGAAGGCGAUCCACUGCACAGGAGUUCAAGUCACAGGAGUGGAGGAACGAGAACCAGAGCGAGAGCGAGAGAGAGAGAGAGAGAGAGAGAGAGAGAGAGAGAGAGAGAGAGAGAGAGAGAGAGAGAGAGAGAGAGAGAGAGAGAGAGAGAGAGAGAGCGAGAGAGAGAGAGAGUAGAAGACGGGGGUUUACUCAACACCUUUGUUCCCACUAGUAACUCCCGAGAUGGCUCAGUGUGCAGGCCGCCGCGCCGCGGGCCUCAAAGCGCCGUAGCCGUAGCCGCGCGCAGCACCUCGCUCUGCUCAGGUGCAUUAGGACCGGAAUAAAACACAGAGACCUGCAGAGAUAGGGGGGGCCGAGAGCACGCCGCCUAGGAGAGGGAGACACACAGAAUUAUAAAUACUUUGGUGCGUCAGCGCUGAGGAACAUGAGAGGAGACAUCUAAAGACCCCUAAAGCGUGCGUUGAAGACUAUCUCAGCCCACCCUCCGGGAUCGUUUUUUUUUCCCUUUUGUUGCGUGCUCGUGCAAUUGCAUGCGUGGGCCCAUUUCUACAAGGGACGUUGGUUUCGUUUUUGGAUGCGUGCUUAGGCUCUCGUGAUGGCUGCUGCACAAGGGAGCUCUGCGAGGGGGGGGACUGGUGGUCGCGUGACGAGCGGCGGCCCCCGCCGGCUCCUCCACCUGCUCCUCCUGGCGCUCCAGGUUCUCACCACCGCCACGGCGGCCAAGCCCAAGACGCCGGGCCACACCCACCUGAACUCCAUCCGCAUCGACGGGGACAUCUCCCUGGGCGGGCUGUUUCCCGUGCACGCCCGGGGCAACGACGGCAAGGCCUGCGGCGAGCUGAAGAAGGAGAAGGGCAUCCACCGGCUGGAGGCCAUGCUGUUCGCCCUGGACCGCAUCAACAACGACCACGAGCUGCUGCCCAACAUCACGCUGGGCGCCCGCAUCCUGGACACCUGCUCCCGGGACACCCACGCCCUGGAGCAGUCGCUGACCUUCGUCCAGGCGCUGAUCGAGAAGGACUCCACCGACGUCAAGUGUCUGAGCGGCGGGCCGCCCAUCAUCACCAAGCCCGAGAGGGUGGUGGGCGUGAUCGGGGCGUCGGCCAGCUCCGUGUCCAUCAUGGUGGCCAACAUCCUGCGACUCUUCAGAAUCCCCCAGGUCAGCUACGCCUCCACCGCCCCCGAGCUCAGCGACAACUCCCGCUACGACUUCUUCUCGCGGGUGGUGCCCCCGGACACCUACCAGGCCCAGGCCAUGAUGGACAUCGUGAAGGCCAUGCGCUGGAACUACGUGUCCACCGUGGCGUCCGAAGGCAACUACGGAGAGAGCGGCGUUGACGCCUUCAUCCAGAAGUCCCGGGAAGACGGUGGAGUUUGUUUGGCUCAGGGCCUUGGGAUAUCAACACUCAGUCAUCGAGUGCCACGUUUGUUCCACUUUCAAAUCGAGUGUGGACAUUGCACGACGGAGGACACCUCCGACAGAGGGAAAGAGCACCAGAGCAGCAGCCUGCUGCCUUCACGCUGGCUGCAGGGAUGUGACAUGAUGGAGGGCUGGGGAGGGAGAGCAUCGUGA